AUUCGUAUUCAAGUCAGUGGCUGUAAAGGUUGAGUUGAUUUAUAUUAAGUAAUCGGAGUAUAGGCAUUUAAAACACCACAUACUACAAUGUCCACGUGCAAAGCGGUCGUGUUGGCGGUGAUUCUUGCGCUGUGCACGGGUAUCUCGAGGGGCCAGUGUCCAGCGACGUGUAAUUGCAACGGAACUGUCGUAAGAUGCAUUGGACAACAGCUUUUGACCAUACCCCUUUCCCUACCGGACAAUACCACUACCUUGCUUUUACUUUACAACAGGAUCGCAUCCCUUCCUGCGAAUGGAUUUGAAGGACUGCGGAACCUUCAGACAUUGGAUUUACGCCUCAACUUGAUAUCAUCCCUUCCUGCGAAUGGAUUUGAAGGACUGCGGAACCUUCAGACAUUGGAUUUAGGCAGCAACAUGUUCGCAUCCCUUCCUGCGAAUGGAUUUGAAGGACUGCGGAACCUUCAGACAUUGUAA